CAUACUGAAAGAGACAAGAGCGACUCAUUCCAAACACCAAAGGCACUACAGGAUGGAGUCCACCCUCAGUCAGCUGUCGGAGAAGCACUUCUUGUGCUCUCUGUGUGAGGAGAUCUUCAGUAACCCCGUGACGACCCCGUGUGGACACAGUUUCUGUAAACCGUGUCUGCGUGUUUACUGGAGCCGUAGCGGUUCAGACGAGUGUCCGCUCUGCCGAAAGGCCUUCGGCUCCAGACCGCGCCUCAGCGUCAACCGUAUACUGGCUGACGUCACAGAGAACUACAGAAAAACACGCCUGGCUGCCAAAUCCAGGUUCUUCAGUAUGGAUGAACUUCAAGAUGAGCCUAAGAAUGAAGGAGAGGUGGAGCAAAUGAUCCAGGAAAGAGUUCAGAAGAUUGAGAAACUUCAGAAUUCACUAAAGCUAAUGAAGAGCACAUGUCUUCGCGAAGUUCAGGAGAGUCAGAGGGUGUUUUCCAAUCUGCUGAAUACAUUAGAGAAGAGCCAUAAACUUGUCGUGACUGCAGUUGAACAGAAACAAAGAGAAGCAGAGAAAAGAGUUGAAAGACUUGUAAAAAGCCUGGAAAAAGAAAUCCUUGAACUGGAAAAUGGACAAUCCAAUCCAGAGCACCUGAAUGACAUGGAGCGUCUUAAAAAGAGCUUCAGUCACAUACCGCGGCCAAUGAGAGACUGGUCUAAAGUCAUUCUGGAGACUGACCCUUGUGUUGGCUUAACCAGACAGACUGUGACUGACUUCAUGGAUACAGUGACGAUGGAAGCUAAAAGACUUUCAAAAACUGAACUCAAGAGGUUGCAGAAAUAUUCAGUUGAUGUGAAUCUGAAUCCUCGGACAGCUCAUGCUUACCUCUACAUCUCUGAGGACCGGAAGGAGGUCAGGCAUGCAAAUAAGCAACAAGAAGUUCCAGAAAACCCCAAGAGGUUUGACCGGGUGAUCAAUGUCAUGUCCAAAGAAUCCUUUCGCUAUGGCAGACACCUUUGGGAAGUUGAGGUUGGAGAUAAGACUGACUGGGAUUUGGGUGUAGCCAAACAAUGUGUCAACAGGAAGGGAAAAUUCACAAUAUGUCCAUCCAAUGGCUUCUGGACGCUUAGCUUAAAGAAUGGCUCUCAGUAUGUCGCAAACACAUACCCUCCGACUUCCUUCAGCCUCAGUCACAAGCCCAAAAGGCUGUCUAUUUACCUGGACUAUGAUGAGGGACGCGUGUCUUUCUAUUGUUCGGAUACUGGGACUCAUAUCUACUCUUUCAGAGACAGUUUCACAGACAAGCUCCACCCCAUCCUCAGCCCAGGACGAGCCCAUGGAGAAAAGAACACUGCUCCCCUUAUCAUCAGCAGCAGCUGCUGCAGCAUCUGAACAAUCUGCUGCCACUACAGCUUUCACUUUCUCUCCCACUGCCAUUACAACAUACAGUUAUCUGAUAUUAUUAAGCAUGUAUCUUUUCUUUUUUAUUAUUAUUAUUUUUUAAUUACCACUGACAUGAAGGAUACCUCAAACUGUGACUUUUUUUAGGACAGAUCAGCUUUUUUAAUGAUUAGCAUACUUUUUAUGGCAACCCCUUGUGAAAAAGAAGUGCAGUUUAUUAUAUAAAUAAAAUCAUCAUUA